AAACCUCUAAUUUGAACUUUUAAGAGAAGAAAGCAAAAUAUCAUCAUAAGAUCAAAAGGCAGCAGGGAGAAUAACGACUAAUAAGGUGUUUGGUUAAUGGGUUCAGAAACGAUGGAGGAGAGGCUGCCGGUGAUCAAUUUCAGCGACGAAAAAGUGAAGGCGGAGGGCAGCGUCGAGUGGCGGAGAACGAGCAAAAAAGUCCGGGAAGCCUUGGAAGAGUACGGAUGUUUUAUAGCAAAGUAUGAGGGAGUUGGUAAAGAACUUAGAGAGGAAGUUUUGAAGGCAGUGAAAGAACUUUUUGAGCUUCCAAUUGAGAGGAAGAAGAUGAAUAAAUAUGAAAAGCCUUUUAAUGGAUAUGUUGGAGAGCUUCGUACUCUUCCUCUUCAUGAAAGCUUGGGAAUUGAUGAUGCUACUAACUUCAAUGGAGUUCAAUCCUUCUCUCAUCUCAUGUGGCCGGAGGGAAAUCACCAUUUUAGUGCAACUUUGCAUUCAUUUGCAAAGAGAGCAGAAGAAUUGGACAAAAUGGUGACCAAAAUGAUAUUUGAAAGCUAUGGAGUGGAAAAGUAUUACAACUCUCAUGCUGAUUCCAUUACUUAUCUUCUUAGAAUUUUGAAAAACAAAGCUCCUCAAUCUCCAGACCCUACUUUAUGUCUUGUGGAUCACACUGAUAAGAGCUUCACCACCAUGAUCUAUCAAGAUCAUAUCAAUGGUUUGGAGCUCAAAACCAAAAAUGGCCAAUGGAUUCAAGUUGACAACUCCUCACCCUCAAGCUUCGUUGUCAUUGCCGGAGACGCAUUCAAGGCAUGGAGCAAUGAUAGAGUAGAAUCACCAACUCAUAAAGUGAUGAUAAGAGGGAAUGAAGAUAGGUAUUCUCUUGCAAUGUUUGGAUUCAGCAAUGGAAUUGUGGAAGUGCCAAAAGAACUUGUUGAUCAAAAUCAUCCUUUGCGAUAUAAACCUUUUGAUCAUAUUGGAUUGCUUCAUUUCUUCCGUUCUAAAGAGGGUUUCAACUCCAAAUCUCCUCUUAAAGAUUAUUGUGCAAUCUAAAAUAUAAAAAUGCAAUAAAAGUACUACUAUAUAUAUAUAUAUAUAUAUAUAUAUAUAUCCAAUUUGUAUAAAUGUUCUAUAUUUGUAAGUUCCUAUAUGGGUGUUUGUAUAAGCUUUUGGUUUUGGUUUGUUUUUCUUUUUUGUGCUUUUAGUUUAAGAACUUUCUCCCCUAAUAAACUUGUAAUUUUUGUUCUCUUAAUAUAUAUGUAUAUGUAUUCUCUUUUCCUA